AUGGGUUCCCAGCGUGUGCCUAUAUACAUCUUCGAGCGAACCUUCCUUGUUUACUUCUGCGUGGGGCUUUGGCUGGCCUGCCUUGGGCAGACCCCGAUUCAGAUGUCAUCCUCUGUACUUGACGUGCUGGUGUUGUCAGAGGAUGAAGGUUUGGCCCAGCCGCACGUUGCACCCUCGCCUUCCCGCCCUUUCCAGCAACUUGCUGAUGUUGCAGAGCUGAGCGAAGGGGAGAAUGAGAAGCAGGCCAUCAUCUCUGCCAGGAAACGAAAACGGGGCGAGGAACUUGUGCAGCUACACUUGCGAUUGCGGAAAUUGCAGAAGUCUGAUAGCAACCGGGAGGUCAUGAAACUCAUGAAGCAGAGCACGACGGAGAAUGAGAAGCGGGGUGGCAGUGGACGUCCAAUCUACCACUUGGUAGGAAAGCCAAUCUGCGCGCGAGGCUUUCAGAAGUUGCUGGGAUUGGGAAGCGGACGUUUUGAUGGACUUAAGAAAGCAUUGAAAAACGGCUGGGAGGCUCCAUGGGAUGGACGCUUCGUGCAACGCACCCGCUUGAACCUGAUUUCCAAGAAGCAUGCCAGCAAGCGUGCCUCAGUGGUCGAAUUCUUGGAGGAACUCUUGCAAACCGUUUCAGAGCCAAUGCCUGAAGCAUGGAAGAAGCAGGUGGAUGUGCCGAAGGAGAUGCGGCUGCGCAAGCCCAAGGGCCGUAAACCCAUGAGGCGUGCGCAGCAGGCACAACUCAAGGCGUAUGGAGAUCACCUGAAACUACAGUACAGUGACCGCUGCAUUUAUUGGUCUAAUCGCUCCCUCUCCCGCCUGAAAAACCUGCUCCCGGCAGGGUACUACACGGUAUGCAUUAUCAUGGAUGGUGUUGAUCACAGUAAGUUCCGGUAUCCGCGCAGCCGGUGUCUAUCUGCCAAAGAAUUUGCCACUCUGGCACGACCAGCUCUUGAUGUACACGGCAUCAUUGCCCACGGGUAUGGAGUUUUCCUGGCAUUAUCUGAACCCAUGACGCCGAAGGACUCGAGCUGGUGCGCAGAGUUGUUGUUCCACACCCUGCAUAGGCUAUCCUGCGCGGGCGUGGAUUUGCGGGGCUUUGAAAUCAAUUGUCAAGCCGACAAUACAAGUCGGGAAUGCAAGAAUUCCACGUUAAUGCGUACAGCGGCCGUACUUUGCGCGGGACACAAGAUCAAGCGUUUUCAAUGGCAAUUUUUGAUGACAGGUCAUAGUCACGAGGACAUUGACCAAUUCUUUUCCAUCUUAUGUUCUUGGAUAGAAUCACACAGUGAAGUUCACACGCCGGACCAAUUCUUGAAUCUUCUCAACAUCCUGCUUCAAGAUCCCGGGACACGACCCAACGAGACCGAGAAGGAAGCCUUCAUUGUACACAGGGCUUGGACCAUGAAGAUGUGGAUUGCCGUUUCUGGCGAAGAGUUGGCAUCUAUCCUCCUCACCCAAGUGAUGUGGACCAAGCAGUUUAUGUCAGACGGCAGCUUUGGGCCUCCGAUGCUUUAUCUCCCGUACUAUGCCUACUGUGCGAUGGCCGACUCAAGUGCAAUGCCGGAGGGCCAGAAGCUUAGUGCUGCAAGUCUGUGCGCGUGUUCUAAGCCUGAGUCCGAGCCGCUGUAUCUGUGA